AUGGCCACUGCGGAUGAUCUUGGCAAGCUGUACAUAUGGUACUGGAACGGUGGUCACCUUACCCCGAUUACUUGCUGGGCCAGCUCGAUGUGUGCCUUCAUCGACUGGCAUCUAUGGCGUGAGGAUGAGAUUGUUAUCGGUGAGGAGGCUGUAGGACACACACACACAUACCCACCAAUUGACAACUCUAAAACAGGAUGUUUAAUUUUAUUAGCCGACAGCGAACCGAUCAUGAUCGCACUGUACCACGUACCGAGCCGCGAGGUGGUGUCGUACUAUCGACGGCAGGACAGCGAUUGUAUCGUGACGAUGCUUUCGUUCAAUAAGAUUUCCGGCGAGCUGGUCGUGUGCUAUUCCUUCACGGAUACGAACAAGCAGCCCGAAAUACUUGUGCUCGCCUCGAUGGACCGUGUGGUGGAUGUGAUGCGCAAUCACGAUGACGCCAUCGUACAACUCCUGUGGAGCCCGGAUGGAAAACAGCUCGCCAGCGUAGGAUAUGAUGAAACGCUCACGAUUUGGAACUUCUUCGGCAUCCCACCGUCGAACGAGUGCAAGAGGACCAAACUGCAAUGUGAAGCGAUGGCCAGUAGCAGUAGCUCACGGGGUGGAUCCGUUGUCCGUGGGCUAGCAGGUUCGCGCGUCCACUCGAACCGUAACAAAGAAGCCAGCUAUCGCGAUCUGGCCUCGAGUUUUCUUUUCAAGGCAAUGCGCUGA